UAUACCUACACAAAGUAUGAGGAAUAUAUACAUAUAUAUAAAUGAACAUAUUAAUUGAUUUUAAUUAAACCAAAGAGAGAGUGAAAGGAAGAAUUACAGGCACAAAAAGCAUUGUGCUAUAUUAAUUAAUUUUUCAUUCUCUCCAAUUGAAGAUCAUGGCGAUAAUGAAAACAGUAAUAUUAAUGGUGCUAAGUCAAAUAGUAUCUGGAAGUGUUAACAUUUUCUACAAAAUUGCUGUUGCUGAUGGAAUGAAAGUUCAAAUUAUGGUCUUCUAUAGAUUGGUUUUUGCUACUGCUUUCAUGGUUCCUCUUGCUUUCAUUAUGGAAAGAAAAAGAAGACCAAGAUUAACCUGGACAAUACUCUUACAAGGUGUCAUCAAUGGAUUUUUGGGGGCAGCACUUGGAAGCAACUUGUUAGCAGAGAGUUUAAUUUUCACAACAACAACAUUUUCAUCAGCCAUGUCUAACCUCACUCCUGCAGUUACAUUAAUUAUGGCUGUAAUUUUGAGGAUGGAAAGCUUGGACAUGCAUAGAUUAGGAGGAAAAGCCAAGUUGUUAGGAACUUUAUUGGGCAUUGGAGGAGCAUUGGUUCUGAAUCUUUAUAAAGGAGUGAAGAUCACAUUACCACAUUUGAAUAUCCAUUUGCUUCACACUCCUAAUGCCACUGCAACAACAGCACAAUGGACAGCCCAUGGCAAUAUUUGGGGCUCAUUACUUGCUUUUUUGAGUUGUGUUUCAUAUGCAUCUUGGUUAAUCUUUCAGGGCAAGAUGAGGCAGAGGUACCCCAUGUACUCAAGCACUGCCUUGAUGUGUUUUUGUGGGGCAAUCCAAGCAGGCAUCUAUGCUUUUAUAAGGGAAAGGGAUUCAUCUGCCUGGAAUCUUGGCUGGAACAUCAGACUUUUCACUCCUGCUUAUUCCGGCAUUGCUUCUUCAGGAUUAGGAGUAACCAUAAUAGCAUGGUGCACAAAACUAAAAGGACCGCUCUAUGUCUCAUCGUUCUACCCGUUGUCACUUGUCUUUGUAGCCAUUGUUGGUACAAUUGUCCUUCCUGAGGAGCUGCACCUUGGAAGCAUAGUAGGAUCAAUAUUCAUCGUUAUUGGCUUAUAUGUUGUGUUAUGGGGGAAGGCCCAAGAGAGAGUAGCUGAUCCUGAAGCCUUAAAACGUAACGAAAAUGGAGUCAUUGAGAUCAUCUCAUUUGCUGGUGUAAAUCAGGCUACCGCUGCAGUAGUCCCAGAAUUCAAAACUGAUGAUCAAAUUCUUCCAAAAUCAGCUGCAGCUAAUCAGGAAGCAUAACUUGAAGAAACCAACUCCAACCACACGUCAUGCUACGCUGAAGUUCAGCAGUUAAUUAUUUUAGUUCCACUUUUAUUGAUUUAAUUCAAAUAGAGCUCAAGAAUUUAUAAAUCCAUGUAUAACAAAUAUCAGUCAAUAAAGAACUAGAAAGGUGUGGAAAACAUAA